ACAACACGGCGCCACAAAAUGGAGUCCCCGCUCCGCACGCAUCGGUGAGCAAUGGCGGACGGACUCCACCUACCGCAGCCCAGCCGGCAGCUGGCCCAUCUGCAGGACAGGGCUCCGUAGCCCCGCCCACAGCGCUGCCGCGCAGGCAGGUAGCCCCGACCGCUGCACCCCCGCAGCGCCUGGCUUACCAACCCGCAGCGACCCAGCGUGCAGCGGACCAAUCAGCGCGAGCCGUCCCGGCUCCACCGGCACGCGCAGCGCACCAACCAGCGGCAGCCGCUCCUAACCUGGGGAGCCCCAAGGACUUCCCGGAGCCAAGAUGGCGGCGCCCCACAGCGCCCCGCCAUACUGUCGGAGCCCGACAAGAUGGCGGACAAGUGGAGAGCAACGCGACGGACGCGCGCCAUGUUGUCGGCGGAAACGCGGACAAUCACGACCGCGUAGAACGAAUGCUCAGCUGCAUGGAGACGAUGAUGCAGCAGAUGUCUGAGCUCCUGGCCGUGGUGCAGAAAGUUGCAUCCGCCAUCCAACCAUGCAGCCAUCAUGCCUGA